AUGCUUCAGACUGUUUGAGUGUCUUCACGAGGGAGCUUGGCUUUAAGGGAGCCCAGCCACCGUGAUGGCAAGAAAACAAGCUGGAAAUGUGGAUUUGUGAGAACAAUAAUCCAGCAACCACAUCUGAGGCAUGACCCCAAAGGCCCACGGAAAGCAAGAAUGUUGAAGAAAUUCCAGAUAUGCUUCUGCUUCUUCUUUGUCUCAGGUAUAUUGUAUGAGAUCUCCCUGCUGUCUGGCUGCUUUUUCUCCUAUAUGCCUAUGUCCAAGCACUUCCUGACACCUGAGCAGGUCUUGAACCUCGGCAAAAGCAUCAUCUUUCUGGAGACGACGGAGCGGCUGGAGCCACCUCCGCUGGUGUCCUGCUCCGUGGAGUCUGCCUCCAGGAUUUACCAGGACCGGCCCAUCAUCCUCUUCAUGAAGGGACUUACGAAUGACACAGCAUUGGACAUGAACUCCAGCUAUGCAGCCUUCUCGCUUUUGUCUUCUAUGAAGAAUGUCUUCAUUUUUCCUCUUCAGAUGGAAACUGUCUUCCAGGAGACCCCUCUGCUCCAGUGGUACAACAAGGUUGUCCCGGAGCAGGAGAAGAACUGGGUCCACAUCAGCUCUGAUGCCAGCAGACUGGCACUCAUUUGGAAGUACGGGGGCAUCUACAUGGACACAGAUGUCAUCUCCAUCAGGCCCAUCCCUGAGGAAAGCUUCCUAGCGGCACAGAAGUCGCAGUUCUCCAGCAAUGGGAUCUUUGGCUUCCCUGCCCACCACAAAUUUAUUUGGGACUGCAUGGAAAACUUUGUUCUCAAGUACAAUGGGAAUGUCUGGGGGAACCAGGGGCCCUUUUUAAUGACAAGGAUGCUCAAAACCAUCUGCAAUCUUACGGAUUUCAAAGGCACUGAGGACCACAGCUGCCAGAACGUCUCCUUCCUUAAUCCUCAGCGUUUCUACCCCAUACCAUAUCCAGCCUGGAGCCGGUACUACAAGGUGUGGGACAAAAGCCCCAAUUUCAACCACUCCUAUGCGCUGCACUUGUGGAACUUCAUGAACCACAAUCGGAAAACCGUGGUCGCGGGCAGCAACACGCUGGCUGAAAACCUUUACAAAGCCUACUGCCCCACCACCUACCAGAACCUGAUCCAAAACGCAGAGCUGAGGGAUUUCACACACUCUGAGGAUGUUGCAUGA